AAAAAGAUGAGUUCACAAAAAAUUCAAGCUACUAUUAUUAUGUUGAAUGUAAAACUUUUGACACUGUGAAUUGAAAAAUAUAAGAUAAUCAAGUUUAAUUGUCUUUCUCACAAUAUUAAGAUGAUCAGCUUCCCCAUAAUAUUGUUUAUUUAAUUCUUUCCAUUACAUAUAUGGGGUUUCAUACACUGUUUUAUAAAUCUGUGUCAUCUUUAUUUUAUUUUUGUUGUGUUUUGUUUGGUUUCCAUCAGUUCAGCACAGAUCUUCCAACAGGUAUUUCCUUCUUUCUUUACCCUUUUAUUGUGAAUCCAAAACUCCUGUUUCCCGUUCGUUCCCCCUCUGUCUUUCCGUGCGUGUGCUCGUGUUCGUGUGUGACGCUGCCGUCUCCAAGCUCCUCCGUUGGCGCCUCCUCCUCCUUCUCCAAACAUGGCGCCGGCCCGCAGCUGUGCUGCCUCCCCGACAGACGACGCAGAGAGGGAGAGGAAGAGGAGAAGAACAAGCGGGUAGAAACUCGCCCCGAACGUGUUUUAAAAACUCUUUUAAAACUAACUCGACCUCAGGGCUCCUUACGGCGUCCAGUGGAGACUUUACGCGCGGCUUUUGGAGACGUUUACGCGUCAAGCUGUGCGCGUAACGGAGAGCUCACCUGUCCGACGAAGGUAGAUUUCACUCCGUUCUCUCUAGGAUGUGAAUCUCCCUGAUUUAUGUGAGAUAACGGAGCAGAGCGAGCAGACAGUCGGGUAGCUCGGGGUCAGAUCUGGCUCUGGUAGAAACAUGUGCAGCCCUCUGAGGAGCAGCAACGGAGACGCCGUAGAGGAGUGAGUCUUUCCAGGGGAAAAAAAAAAACAACUUUUCCACUCGUCCACACCGAGAGGAUGGAUGGAGAACAUUCUGCGCUGUCAGGAGUUGAGAGGGAACGAGAGAAGCUUCCACCAAUUUACAACAGCUCCCCUCCUGCUGGUUUGGGUCGAGGAGCCAAGCAGCCGUUUCCAUCUUUGGGCACCUUCAUCUCCACACUGAGCCAGAGGAGGGAUGCCGGGGGGCGGGGCUUCGCUGGCGGCAUCACCGGCACCCUGACCAGCAUCCGACACGGGAGAGAGCUGCCUCCAAUCUGCAGAAAUGUCCGUCAGAAGCAGCGACUCUCCAUCGACACUUUGCCUCCGGAGGUCAAAGCUCCGUUUCCCUGCGACCCCGUCAUCCCUCUGAGGACCAAAACCACCAAGGAGUUCCAGGACGACGUGGAGCGUGCCGUCCAAUCAGGCGACUGGAGGGAGGUCCGGGAGUUUUACCUGACCACCUUCGACUCCUUCAUAGAAAUCAACGCUGCCUUCAAGCGAGAGGCGAACGGUUUGUUUAACACGAUAGAGGACUCAGGAGUCAACGCCAAGUUUGUCAACGCUGUUUACGACGCUCUGCUCAGCACACCUCAGGACAUCCAGAAGUCGGUGUUGAAAGGGAUCAUCAACAGCCUGCUGAGGGAGUGGAAGGGGCCUCGAACAAAAGAUGACCUACGAGCUUACUUCAUUCUUGUUCAGAACCCGCAGUACUCCAGCACCAGCACCUACGUGAUCUACGCUCACCUGCUAAGGCAGAUUGCAGCUCUGUCUGAGGCCGACCACCACUUCCUGGUUCACUGGCUCAAGAAGCUGUCAGCGAGGCGGUUCAGGCAGCUGGUAGAGCGCCUCCUGCAGUUCAUCUCCACCAGACUGUUUCCUGCCGAACCGGACGAACUUCCUCCUCUGACCAAAUGCUCCUGGUGGAUCCCCUCUGCAACCAAAGUGCUCAGCCUGUUCAAUGCAGCCAACAGCGUCUCCUCCCCUCCCAUCAUGCCUUUCACCGACUUCUACAACAUCACUCUGGAGCACAUAGAUUUCAUGGAGGAGUACAGGACCUGGCAGAACUACGGCAACUCAAACAGGUUUUCUUUCUGCCAGUUUCCCUUCAUCCUGUCGACGGUGGUGAAGAAAGCCAUCAUCCAGAAAGACUCGGAGCAGCAGAUGAUCAGUCAGGCCAGGCAAAGUCUGGUCAGUAAAGUUUCUCGCAGGCAGAGAGUCGAUAUGAACCUUCUGUUCCUCAACAUUAAAGUACGACGAGCACAACUCCUCAGCGACUCACUGGAUGAGCUGACGAGGAAGCGGUGCGACCUGAAGAAGAAGCUGCGGGUGACUUUUGUCGGGGAGGCCGGUCUGGACAUGGGCGGCCUGACGAAGGAGUGGUUCCUGCUGCUGGUGCGACAGAUCUUCCACACAGACUACGGAAUGUUCACCUACAUGAAGGACUCGCGCUGCCAUUGGUUCAGCAGUUGGAAGUGUGACAACUAUUCUGAGUUCCAGUUGGUUGGGACUCUGAUGGGCUUAGCCGUUUACAACAGCAUCGCUCUGGACAUCCACUUCCCUCUCUACUGUUACAGGAAGCUCCUCACUCCACCUACUGCACCAUGUGACCAAAAUGCCCUUGUUGGCAUGGCAACUGCCACCCUGGAUGACCUGCAGCAGAUCAUGCCGGAGCUGGCUCAUGGUUUCGGAGAGCUGCUGAGCUACGAGGGGAACGUGGAAGAGGACUUCUACCUCACCUUCCAGGUGUUUCAGGAGGAGAUGGGCGUGGUCAGAUCGUACAACCUGAAGCCCGGAGGAGACAAGAUCCCCGUCACCAAGCAGAACAGGAAGGAGUACGUCCAGCUCUACAUCGACUUUCUGCUGAAUAAAUCCAUUUACAAGCAGUUUGCUGCCUUCUACCACGGCUUCCACAGCGUGUGUGCCUCUGAUGCUCUCAUGCUGCUGCGACCAGAGGAGGUGGAGAUGUUGGUUUGCGGGAGUCCAGAGCUCGACAUGAGCGCUCUGCAGAAAGCUGCUCAGUACGAAGGAUACAGCAAAACAGACAGCACCGUACGGUGUUUCUGGGACGUGGUGUUGGCGUUUCCUCUGGAGCUACAGAAGAAGCUUCUCCACUUUGCCACAGGAAGUGACCGAGUUCCAGUCGGAGGAAUGGCCGAUCUCAACUUCAAAAUCUCAAAGAUAGAAGUUCCAACUGACUGGUUGCCGAUCUCUCACACCUGCUUCAACCAGAUCUGUUUGCCUCCAUAUCGAACCAGGAAGGAGCUGAAACACAAGCUGACCAUCGCCAUCUCCAACGCCGAGGGCUUUGGCCUGGAGUGACCCGUCUGCUCACACAAUGACUGUUAGCGACAUUAGCUACCUGUAUGCUAACACGCUUUACAGAUCUCGAGAAAAUGAGUUCCUGCUUUUCAAAUCUGCAGCAGAAAAGUCGGGCGCUUUGGAGAAUCUCUAGGAAUCCUUUUUGUUUGCACAUGAACUGGUGUUAAUGAAGAAGUUCUCGUUUAGAAGUUUGGUACUGUGCAAAGGUUUCAAGCACUUUAGAGGUUUAGAUUCUUCUCCAUUGCAAUGAGGAAGGUUUGAGCUGAAGUUUAUUGUGCCACAUGAAACAAAGCAUAAAUAUUUAGCCAGAAUCCUAAAGACCCUCAGUAGAAGAACGAGGAGUCCUGAUCUCAGCCGAAUGGAGUCCGUCUCAUUUCUGAAGAACUGGUUUUUCCGACAAAAAUACUUGCAGCAGUCUUUCCUAAAGUCUCCUCACUUUGCUUUUAGUGCAUAAAACUUUUGCACAGUACUGUAGACGUCACCGAAACAAGACAACUCUGAAGAUAUCCUGGUUUCAUCAAUCAAAUUUCAAAUAUUUCUGUUCUUGUACAGUUAAAAACCAAUCAUGUGGGUUCUUUAAGUCGCCAUAAACGGUUACUGGUUUACUCAGGUAAUUAUGAUAAUCAAUAUUCCUCUUGUUGGAACACAUGACCAGGUGUUUACCCAUUUACUUCUUCUAUGAUCCUGUUGUUUGGUCCACAGAGUUGAACAGAAAAGAUUGAAUAAUCAGCAUUACAUCCUUCAGAAUUCAGUCUGUGUGAAACUUAAAUAGAAAGUGAAGGUAAAUGUCGGUGAAAUAUAAAGUUCUAAAUGGUGCGCAAGUUUUGAGAUGUAUGACGUUAAUAUUUCCAUUUUUUCAAUCCUGACUUCAGUCACUUUUUGAACAUAUUUUAACGAUGAAAUGUGUUUUAUUUUGCUUUGUUUGCAGCACACUGUCAGGAUGUUAAGCUUUGCUGGGAGAACGAUGCUCUUGUGUACCGUGAGAUGUAGAUUGUUUCAUGAAUAGUUUUGUGUUUGUUUGUUUUUUUGACAUUGCCGCCUGUUUUUUAUUGAACGAAGGCUGCAGCAGAAAUGUUUUGUUUUAAAUGUUGGGAUGUUACGACAGUCAAACCAGAGCCGUCGUUGAUUUUGGUUCUAGAAGUCGAUGUUAGCGGUUAGCCAAACGGAAGGUGGUGCAGGAUGUUUUGAUGCUAACUAGUCAGAGUGGAUAGUUGAAUAUUGACAUGUUUGAGAAUUGUGCCUUGAAUACAGAUUACAUCUUUCUUUCUUUUUUUUUUUUUAACCUGGAGGCAAACUUGAGUUCAACACCGACGUCUGGCCUGCAAACGCUCCGAUUUUCUCAUUUGACCAAUCUUGAAACCUAAAAUUUCUUCCUUAUUUAGCAACUAGAGUUCUGCUUUGAUGCUCUGGAGGUUAGAAGUCUAAAUGAAACUAUAUUUUUGAAGUGUUUAUUUUAAAUCCAUCUCCUAGCAUUAAUAAAAGCUUAGUCUGACUCACCGAAUGUAGACUUCAGAUGUAGAUCAAAAUCACAUUCGCUACAGAAACCUCAGAAGACCAAUCUGCAUGCUGAGAAUUGCAAGUUUUAAGGGUUUGGAUCAUGCAAUAAUGCGAAUAUGCUUGGUUGUUUUGAUGAUAGCGCUCAUCCAGAACCAGUUACUCCCACCCCCACCACCACCAUUUUGCUUUGGCACAAUCAUUGCAUCCAGGGCUAGAAAUACACUACCAGUCAAAAGUUUGGGGUCACUUAGAAAUGUCCUUAUUUUUGAAAGAAAGGCAUUUAUUUUUCAAUAACAAAGAUAACAUGAAAUGAGUCAUAAAUUCAAUGUAGACAUUGUUAAUGUGGUAAAUGACUAUUCUAGCUGCAAACGGAAUAUCUCCAUAGGGGUAAAGAGGAACAUUUCCAGCAACCAUCACUCCUGUGUUCUAAUGCUACAUUGUGUUAGCUAAUGGUGUUGAAAGGCUCAUUGAUGGUUAGAAAACUCUUGCAGACAGACAAAUCAACGCCAAUCAUAAUAUAACUCAAUAGUAAUAAAAGGGAAAACAGCUUUGAUAAUUUUGUAAAAAUGUGACAUCUGGCAACCAGGGAUAGCAAAGCAGAACUCUAACAAGUGACAAAGACUUUGUGCAAUAGCUUUUAUACCAAAUGCCUUCAAAAGAAAAGUUCUCUUGCUUGACGUGAGUGCUCUCUUUCAAGAUGUAGUUACUUUGUGAUUUUAUGAGCAGAAAUGGGAGAUUCUAGCUUUUACUAAUUGCAUUUUCAUGGGUUUAAGUGUCCAUGUUAUUCAGAUAAAUCCAAUAUAACCAGUUUUCCAUCAAACCACUGAACUGAUUUUGGAAGUGUAUUUUGCUGAACUGUCAGGGAAGAAGUGAAAAAUGAUUUUUUUUUUUUUUUUAGGGUUCUAGAAGGUUUAGAAGGUGAUUACCAAGCAUCAGUCAGCCAUUAUUUAAACAAAUGUGGUUGCAUCCAAACUUAACGCCUCUGUCGUAACGUUCAGUAACUGUUUUGGCCAGUCCACAUCUGAGUGCUGCCGAUUAAACCCUCGGCUUAUGUAAGGCUGCUUUGGCAGAAUGUCUGAAAUCCUAAUGACAGACCCAAGUAACCAAGCAACCGUCCAGCAACUUGAAUGGCUGCGGCCUACAAACUUGGCUUGGUGUAAUCUGGGUCACUCAUUCACUCGGUCUCGUCUAUAUGGUCUGAAAUAACACUCUUACACAACAAAGGAGCUUUUCUGUCACUUUAUGACCAGCCAGGAUCAGCAGUAGGAGCCAGAAGCUGUUGUUUUUCUGUUUGAUGAAGGCCACAUUCUCAUCACGUUGGUGUUCGUGUAGGAAACCAGGCUGCUUACUGGGAGAAAAAUGUCCGAAAAUCCAAAACAAAAGGCCACAUUUUACAUGUGAUGGAGUAGAAAUAAGAAACAUGUUUGGGUGAUUGUUAUUAGGAUUAUGUAAUGUCAGGAAAGUGUUUUUCGGACGUGAGUAGGACCAAACUGUGUCAGGUUAUACAGUGGGACGGUAGAGCAAAGACCUUCUGUUUGAAAAUAGUUCAAACGGACUCAGAGGAUUUGUCGAGAUGUAAUUAUUUCCAGGGGUUUGGAUUAACUGAAGAGAAAAGUCAUGUAUUUCUCAUGUUUUUUUUAAAUGUUUAACAGUUUCAGGUUCAUCAGUGAGUUGAUCAUAAAUGACCCACUUUCCAAGCCUGUCCGAGUCUUAUAUAAUGUGCUGUGUGUGCCGCGGUGAUUCCACAAGUAUCUACAGUAAACAAUGACGAGGGGUCAAUCCCCUCCAGAGAAAUA